UCCUAUAUACUGCCCAGCCCUUAUAUCCCUGUGUAUCCCACGUCGCAUGAUUAGCAGGGAGCGCACACGUCGCAUGAUUAGCAGGGAGCGCACACGUCGCAUGAUUAGCAGGGAGCGCACACGUCACAUGAUUAGCAGGGAGUGCACAUGUCACAUGAUUAGCAGGUAGCGCACACGUCACAUGAUUAGCAGGGAGCGCACACGUCGCAUGAUUAGCAGGGAGCGCACACGUCACAUGAUUAGCAGGGAGUGCACAUGUCACAUGAUUAGCAGGGAGUGCAUGAUUAGCAGGAAGUGCACCCGUCACGUGAUUAGCAGGGAGCGCACACGUCACGUGAUUAGCAGGAAGCGCACACGUCACAUGAUUAUCAGGGAGUGCACCCGUCACAUGAUUAGCAGGAAGCGCACCCGUCACAUGAUUAGCAGGAAGCGCAUACGUCACAUGAUAAUCAGGGAGUGCACCCGUCACAUGAUUAGCAGGAAGUGCACACGUCACAUGAUUAGCGGAGAGUGCACCCGUCACAUGAUCAGCAGGAAGUGCACCCGUCACAUGAUUAGCAGGAAGUGCACCCGUCACAUGAUUAGCAGGAAGUGCACCCGUCACAUGAUUAGCAGGAAGUGCACCCGUCACAUGAUUAGCAGAGAGUGCACACGUCACAAGAUCAGCAGGGAGUGCACACGUCACAUGACUAGCAGGAGGUCACCAUGUUCAUUAUGGGGUCACUCUUUCACUCCCAUGUCUUGGGGGUCUUCUCUUUCCUUGUCUGUGCUCUGCCGACCACCCAGUCUAUGAUAUAUGCGUACUCAGAUGCGAGUGUCAGGGAACCGCAGAUGUUUGACGACCUUCCUGCUCUGUUUGGACCCUCUCUGUCUAUUGAUGGCAUGAAGGGCAGUUUGGUUGAAGCUGUACCCAGCAAUGGCUGCUCACCCAUCCUACCCCCUCCUACACUGGCCAACGACACCAGCUUUAUUGUCCUUAUACGCAGAUACGACUGUCAUUUUGAUACCAAGGUGUUGCACGCCCAGCUGGCCGGGUAUGCUGCUGCCAUAGUGCACAAUGUUGGCUCUGACUCACUGCUGCACAUGAGCAGGAAUGAUGAGACCACCUGGAGACACAUCACUAUCCCCUCCGUGUUCACUGGUGAGACUGCCGGCAACUCACUUCUGGCCAAUUUCUCCUUCUACAACAACUCCCAUAUUUACCUGAUGCCGGAUUAUUCCUUCUCCCUGGGAUACUAUAUCAUUCCUUUCAUUGUGGUCGUCUCUCUGGUCAUUGUAGUCAUGUGUAUCAUAAUGGUGGUGCGAUGUGUCCAGUACCGGAAACGGAUCCGCAGAAACCGCUUGUCCAAGGAACAGCUGAAAAAAAUUCCAAUCCACAAGUUCAAAAAAGGGGACCAUUAUGAUGUGUGUGCUAUCUGUCUGGAGGAGUACGAGGAGGGCGACAAACUACGGGUGCUCCCCUGCUCUCAUGCCUAUCACAGCAGCUGUGUGGAUCCCUGGCUGACCAAGACCAAGAAGAGCUGCCCGGUAUGUAAGAACAGAGUUUUCUCCUCAGACUCGGACUCUGAUACUGAUGGGAAUGUGACUAAUGGUGAACAGGGUGAUGAUGAGCGCACCCCCCUACUCCGCCCCGCACCCUCUUUUGGCAGCAUGGAGGAGUCCCCCCGUGCCCUGGAGGAGGAGGAGUCAGUGGCUGCUACUGGUGUCAUUGUGUGAUGUGGCCUUUCCCAGAAUCCUCUGUGGCCACAGUUGGAUCCCUUGUAUGAUCUGCACCCCCCACUGGGACAAUGAUUUGUAUUCUGUGACUCCGGGGGCUCCCAUAAUCCUUAUCUCACCCUUCCCACAAUGCCUCAUGUGACUGGUUAAUCCCCUCCCCCCUGCUUCCUCAUUGGCUAAUACUGGGCUGAUCCUGGUUAUUAAUGAGACGGGGGGGGAAAGAGCUCAUGUUUGUUUCACAGAUCGGCUGCAGCUCUAGGACUGGCACUGAAUUGUACAUCAGAGGAAUGUGGCAGCCACAAAACUGGCAGUUGCAGCAGCAGUGGGUCUGUACCCUAUGAGCCCCUGUACAGCUUUUAUAUAAAGACUUUCCUUACUAAUAA